GAACCAAACCCGACCCAUUUAACAAAAGCAAACCCGCCUCACUUCUCCUUCCUCUCGUUCUUCAUCUCCCCACCUCCACCUCUCACAAGCUUCCACCACCACAAUCUCCCGCCGCAAAAUGGAAACAGAGCCUCUCCACCCAACAGUCGCCGCCGGCAGCUACCAAGACGAAGAGAACAGAGCCUCUCUACAUCCUCCACGAGCUCUUCUCCAAACCCAGAAGCGCCAACCACCGCCGUCGACCUCCGAUUCCUCACCCACCACUUAUCCUCUGCUUCUCCCCCGCUACCACCAUGGAAACCAACCAGAUUCGAGGAACCCCAUUCUCGAUCGGACCUCCAAUCCCUCACCCACCACUUAUCCCCUACUUCUCCCCUGCUGCCGCCAUGGAAACCAACCAGAUCCGAGAAACCCCAUUCUUGAUCGAACCUAUGAUCCCUCACCCAUCACUUAUUCCCUGAGUUCUUGAAAAUCCUAAUCUCGACGAGAGAACAGAGUUCUUGGAAACCCAUUAACGUAGUCAUACUCCUCCUCGUCCAACCCGCAAUCGAAGUUGAGGACGUAGCUCUCGACGUUGUAAUUGAAUUUCUCAAACCUCCAUCAAUUGAACUUCUGCCGCUGCUGGUUUUCGCCUCCCCCUGUUUUGUAUUAGAAGGUAAUUGUUGCUUUCGUCGUUGACGAUUUUGUUCCCCCAUUUAGAGAAUGGGGAGCUGAAGCAAUUGCAGCCCGAGAAAGUCGACGUGUUCUCUUCGUCUUGGUAGUUGCCGACAGCUGUUGGGUGGAGAGGCUCUGUUUCCAUUUUGCGGCGGGAGAUUGUGGUGGUGGAAGCUUGUGAGAGGUGCAGGUGGGGAGAUGAGGAACGAGAGGAAGGAGAAGUGAGGCGGGUUUGCUUUUGUUAAGUGGGUCGGGUUCGGUUCAGGGCCGGGUUCGAGUUUGGUUCAUGGGUUGGAUUGGGGUUAUGAUAUGGCUGGUUUAGUGACGUGCUGGGUCGGGUUUGACAAUUUCCGGCCCAAAAAGGCGCUGACUAGACGCUCACGUUAGCCACGUCAGCAUAUAACAGACUCUAUUAAAUGGAGUUGGGCGGCAAGUCGGCAACUAACGACGAGUGACUAAAUGUGUCUCGUUUUAGUAAUUAUAAUGAUCAAAUUUGAUAUUAACUUUUUUCUAAUGACUAAAUAUGUCCCGAUUUAGUAAUCUCAGUGACCAAAUGUGUUUUAACCCCAUUUUUCUCAUUGGGUGGAAAAUGAUGGUAUGCAUAGCCGUUUCCGUAAAACCUCUUUUCGCCGGUUUCAUUCAUGUAAAACCUCUCUAAAACCCUAGACAUCCAUCGACGGCGACUUGGCUACUCCCAACUCCGACCCUCCACAGUGCUUACUCACUGUUGCCAUUCGCAGGAUCUCUCCGUCCCUCCACCCGUUGCCACUGAGAACAAAAAUAAGGCGAAGUGGGAAAGGAAAGGCCCUGAGAUUUAUAACCCGGUAAUCCCGCAUCCUGCUCCAGUUGGUUGACGGGUAUUGACCGCCCGUCCAUCCAUCACCCUACAUUCUAUUCGGUUUCUCACGGAAGUCAAUUGCAUUCCGAGAUCGUUGUCUGGUAUCUUAAGCUUCGCGCGCAUGCUUAUUGUUUAGUUCCCUGUUCGUGAAUUUCGAAGAAGAAGAAGAACUAUGGCGCGGGGUUGUGUUUCAUCUCUUUUCCGGCUCUGUAAGUCGAAAACCGCCGGUUCCAGGACCAGGGGUUACCUCGCUGUUUCAAAUUUGCAUUCUUUGAGGCAAUUCGACAACAAGGCAUCAUCAACAGGUCGCUACUUUUACCCCUCGUUUGGCUUUCCUUCUCGUCAAAUCUUUACUAGCUUGAUCGAGCUGCAGCUAAUUAUUUCGGGGGCUCCAUCGAAGUGCUCCAAAGUUAGCAGCUUUAAUCGAAUUGGUGUGAGAUCAUUUUCAACGUCUGGCCAGGAUGGGGAUGGUGAGAACAACGAUGCGAGCACCAGUGCAGACGUUGAUGUGAAUGCUGGUUUUGGGGCAGGCGAUAUGAUAAGCCAGGGGUUUGAUGAUGUUGAUGGCAGUGAUGUUCGCCGGGAUGACAUUGAUGAUGCUCAUGCCAGCGAAAAAACUGUUGUCAAGAGGAAUAUGGCGUUAUGUGAUCCGAUAGAAUUGUACAGGGAGCUUAAGAUGGCCGAGAAGAAUGAUAAGAUGAGACGGUCUGACUGGCAAGCAAUCCAGGAUGUGUUCUCUUACUUUGCAAAUUCAGGUUGGGCAGCUAACCAGGCCCUUGCAUUUUAUAUUGGCAUGUCGUUUUUUCCUACAGCUGUUCAGAAGUUUAGGAAGUUUGUCUUGGGUAAGUGUUCUGCUGAGCUUGGGCUUUAUCUGGUGUCGCUUGGUCCCUGUGAUAAUGCUGUUAGGUUCCUUUUCCCCAUAUUUGCUGAGUACUGUCUAGAAGAGUUCGCUGAUGAGAUAAAGAGCUUCAGGGCUAUGAUUUCGAAAGCAGAUCUUACAAAGCCGGACACUUGGUUUCCUUUUGCUAGGGCAAUGAAACGUAAGGUAGUAUACCAUUGUGGGCCGACUAACAGUGGCAAGACUUACGAGGCGUUGCAGCGAUUCAAGGAAGCAAAGAAGGGUAUUUAUUGCGGUCCAUUAAGGCUUUUGGCUAUGGAGGUGUUUGAUAAGAUGAAUUCCCUUGGGGUUUAUUGUAGUCUUCUCACUGGGCAAGAGAAGAAAAAGGUUCCUUUUGCGAACCAUGUUUCUUGUACUAUAGAAAUGGUGUCUAUUGAUGAGAUGUAUGAUGUAGCGGUUAUUGAUGAGAUCCAGAUGAUGGCAGACGCAACCAGAGGCUUUGCCUGGACAAGAGCUUUGCUGGGGGUGAAGGCUGAUGAAAUUCAUCUAUGUGGCGAUCCAAGUGUGCUUGACAUCGUGAGAAAGAUUUGUGCAGAAACUGGAGAUGAAUUGGAAGUACACCAUUGCGAGCGGUUCAAGAAGUUGGAGGUUGAAGCCAAAACUUUGUUGGGAGAUCUGAAAAAUGUCAAGUCUGGGGACUGUGUUGUUGCAUUUUCAAGGAGAGAAAUAUUUGAGGUGAAGUUAGCAAUUGAGAAAAACACUAAGCAUCAAUGUUGUGUUAUUUAUGGUGCAUUGCCUCCCGAGACUCGCAGACAGCAAGCUAACUUAUUCAAUGAUCAGGACAAUGAGUUUGAUGUAUUGGUUGCAAGUGAUGCAGUAGGAAUGGGUUUGAAUCUAAAUAUCAGAAGAGUUGUCUUUUACAAUCUCUCCAAAUACAAUGGCGACAAGGUUGUACCUGUUCCAGCAACCCAGGUCAAGCAGAUUGCAGGGAGAGCUGGUAGAAGAGGAAGUCGCUUCCCAGUUGGACUCACCACAACCUUGCAUCUAGAUGAUCUUGCGUACCUUAUUGAGUGCUUAAAGCAACCUUUUGACGAAAUUAAGAAAGUGGGACUAUUUCCUUUCUUUGAGCAGGUUGAAUCAUUCGCAGCGCAACUUCCUGAUCUUAAUUUCCCCAAGAUUCUGGCAAAGUUUGCUGAAAGUUGCCGUCUUGAUGGAAUGUACUUCUUGUGUAAGCAUGAUCACAUAAAGAAGGUAGCAAAUAUGUUGGAGAAAGUUAAGGGUUUAUCUCUGCAAGAUCGCUUCAACUUUUGUUUUGCUCCUUCUAAUAUUAGGGACCCAAAAUCAAUGUACCAUCUUCUAAGGUUUGCUUCUGACUACGGUCAGAAAGUACCUGCUAGUAUAGCAAUGGGGAUGCCAAAAGGUUCUGCUAGGAAUGACUCUGAGCUCCUGGACCUGGAGACCAAACAUCAAGUUCUGUCGAUGUACCUAUGGUUGUCUCAUCAAUUUGACUACGAACGUUUCCCACAUGGGAAGAAGGCUGAAGCUAUGGCAACAGACAUUGCUGAUUUGUUGGGUCAAUCUCUUAUCAAGGCAAACUGGAAACCAGAAACUAGGCAGACUGCUAGCAGACCAAAACCUCGGAAAAAUGAAGAUGGUUAUGAAAGGCCCAAAUCACUAAUCACAUCAUACGAGGAGAAAAGGCAGGGGAAAAACAGGAAGCAGGAAAGCGAGGAAAAUUUAACAGCAUAAAGAAUCUUGCAGGUAGCAUACCUUACUAGUUUCUACUAAACACCUUGAUACUCUUGCUUUUGGCUUCCUCUCUUUUUCUGUUAUGAGGAGUCAGUUGUAUGAUAUUCUCUGAUUUAGGUGAUCAAUUUCGCUGACCUAAUUUAUGUGGGUAUGAUCUCAUAUGUUGUGCAUUCUUUGAUGUCAUAACUUCAAAACAAACUAACGUUGCUAAUGUGGUUGUUGCUUAUGCAUCCGUUAGUGUUUCGAUUUUCUCUUUGGCCUAACUUGGUUGAAUCUUGUUGAUUUGAAGAGAUGUGGAGUGUUGUCAACUGACAACACUGGUCAUCCGGGAUUGGAAUGGCCAGCCAUUCAGGAGAUGGGACUUGUACGUGAAAAUCUAAGAGUUUUCCCAUGGCAUUCGAAUUAAAGCCUCUUCCACAAUGCUGGAGCCACCAGUGGUUAACCACCGUUACAUAGAUUGGCAGCUUUGUCAUUCAGUCCAUGCAUCUGGAGACACUUCCACAUUGCAGCAGAUAUUCUAGCAUUUUUGUAGAAAUGGAAGUCCAUAACUGAAGAGGUAGUGAGUUUGUGUUCUGCCUAGUUGUAAUUAUUGUAACCAUCUGAAUUAUCGGGAUAUGGUAGCCAUCUCCAGAAUGCUCUGCCAGAUCAGUGACCGGAAUAUCAUAUGAGAAACUUAUGUGCACGUAAGCCAAUGUCUGCUCCCCAUUAACAAGGAAACAGAAACACUUCCACUCUUCAAAGCUCAUACUCAGAGCAACCUUUUACCAUGCACAAUGUUAGCAUUUGACGCCCAGUGAAUUUUUUG